UCGAUCGACCCUGAAGCCGAGGAAUAUAUUAAUGAACGGUGUCGCCGAGACGAGGAACAAAACGACAAUUUCUCUGCUCUGCGUCCUGUUGUUGAUCGGACGCGAAGCUCGCGCGGUGGUUAACAAAGCGCAAUCCCAGACGGUGGCCAACAACGAGGAAGAGAAGCGGAACGAGAUCAAGGCCGACGACAGGAUAAGCAACUCGUACGGCCCACCUUCGGACGAUUACGGGCCCCCUCUCGGCUCGAGCGCGAAAGGGCCCGCGCCGGUCUACGGCCCCCCGGAGCUGGUAGGCGAUCACGGGCCAACGCCCGUAUAUCCACCGCCGCCACCGGACGUUCCUCCGCCUCCUGCGUACGGGCCGCCAUUGUCCUCGUACGGGCCACCGCGAAACGUCAAACCGCCGAAACAAACUUUCGGCCCCCCUCUCUCCCCCUUGCCCGCCAAGCUGGCCUUCGCCACGCUCAAACUUCACCACCACGGCCCACCCAAGCAGCAGUACGGCCCACCCUACUCCUCCUUCCCUCCUUCCUUCAGGCCCCCGAAACCCCACUACGGCCCACCCUUCAAAUUCGCCACCUCCCUUUCCAAUACCCACUACGUGUCCGCGGGAUCGAAACCGUCUCACGGGCCCGCCAUCCCUCUGUCGUUCGACACGUACGAGGUACUACCCCAAAAAGUGGCGGUCCAGUUCGUCCCCCACGAUCACGGACCUCCGCCGCUCGCCGCCGCCGAUCUCUACGGACCGCCUCCACCACCCGUCGUCGUCCCGCCACCCGGAGUCCCGGCACCGCCGACACCCCCCGACAUCAAGUACGACGGUUGGCAACCGAUCGCGGGCUCGUCGGACCAUCGACAGGCAGGGAACGGCGUACAGGCGUACGGAGCACCGACCAUCGACGAGCACAAGGGUUUGGAGGGGCACGCGCACGUUCAACAGUCGACGAGCAACGGGAUCGAGAAUAAUCCGCAGAACGUGCCCAGCGAUUCUUACGGAGUGCCGAUCCACAGCCCGGAGGCGCAAGACUUGAAGAGCUCGGUCAAGUCCGGGUCGAGCAGCAACAAAGGUUUGCCACCGCCGCCGUUGCCCGAGUACGAGCCGUUCCACAACGAGAGACCGCCUCACGAGGAUCGUCGUACGGGCGGCGUUCAACAAGAUCGGGUCAACUUGCGCUACGAAGCGGUCGCCAACGCGGACCCCCUCUCCGUCGCGAAGACCGUUGGCUUCGAAUUGCUGCCCACCGUCCCGUCGCUCGACCCCCUCGCCGGCCCGGCCCCGUUCCCCGUUUUAAAACUCCCGCUCCUCGAUCCCACCGCACCGGGGGCCGACGCCCCCCGCUCCUUCCACAAUCCGGCCAACGAUUUGCCCCAGCUGUCGGUCAACGCAUUGUCCAAUAACUACGGCCCCCCACCACCCCUCUCGCUCCCCUCACACCAAGCCCCCUUCAAGUUGAACUCCAUCGAGUCUGGAAUACCUUUGCCACCGCCCCCCUUCGACUCGUACGGUUCGCCGCCACUCUCCUCGUAUUCGCCCAACGGCCCUUACCCCUCGCCCGCCGCCGAGCCGGGCCGAGCGUCGUCCCCCUUCUCCUCCUUCGGCCUCCACUCAACCACCCUCUACAAGCAGAGCUUGCACCACCACCGACCCCCUCCUCCCAGGCACCCCCUGUCCCCCCCGGCCUCUCUCAUUCCGCCCAGGAACCGGGAACCCGUCAAGUUCAAGGAAUUUCCACCGAUCCCGACCGGAUUGCUGACUAACCUGAACCGAUAUUUCCCGCCGCCGCCGCCGCCGCCGAGACACGCGGCGGAACAGGUCAAAUCUCCCAACGCGGCGCACCUCCCCCCGCCCGCCCUGUCGUCCACGGCGUUCGUCGAGCAGCAACAGCUGCCCUCCCUCCACGCCCCGCUCGCCUUCAACAAAGCCCUGCCCCCCGCCCUCCACGACCCGCCGAUAGCCGCCCCCAACGCCCGAUACGGGACGCCCUUGUCCUUCGGCGGCUUCAACACCCCGGCGCCCGUGUUGACUUACGGGGCGCCCAACUUCGGCCCCGCGUCCUCCUUCGUCUCCACCUCGACCGGAUUCGGCAACAAUUUGUACGACAGCCUGGGGAACGGGGCGACGGCCACCUACGGCACCCCGGUGGUGAAUCCGCCGUUGUCGACGGCCGGUGGCCACGAUUGCGGUUUCCACCGGUACACCGGCCUCGAGGACGGUGGAGCGACGACGAGCACGACGGCGGCGUUCAACGAGGCCGCGGCAGCGGCCGCCGCCGUCUUCGCCUCGCCGACCGCGCUCGACCCGGCGCCCCCCAUCGGCCAGCUCGCCCUUCGCGAUUACCACCAGCCCAGGGCCAAUCUGAGGGACAGUUACGGGGCCUCGAUAGGCGUGAGCUACGCGGCGGACAACGCGUUGUCGAGCAGCCACUCGGUCGAGCUGGCCGACUCGCUUCUCUCGCCACCCUCGCCCACCCCCUCCACCACCCACGAGGGCGAGGGGAAUCGCGGGGCAGGGGCGAGGGAGGAGGCGAGGAACGAGGUGGACCAGUUCCUCAACACCCAGGAGGGGAGCGAGGCCCUCUCCCUGGCGGCCAAGGGUCUGGCCAUCAACGGGGGGGACGGCUUCGAGGUUCAGGGCUCGAAGGGGACGUACACGUUGCAGAUACAAGCCGCGGACGGGGGAUUCGGGACCGAGAACUCGGACGGGAGCGUGAGGCACGAUCAGGUGCUGUCCAACGGCCUCCUCCAGGACAUCCUCGCGGCUAUCGAGCAGCCAGAGCAGGGGCAAGUGCUGAGGGUGCAGGGUCGGCCGGAGGCGCAGCGAUUGCAACGCGUGUACGGCGACGGUGCGGCGGAAACGCGGGCGGAUCCGAUCGGGAUCGGGACCAAGGAUGGGGGCGAGAGGAAAGACUCGAAGCUCGAAGUGGGGACUCGAGGCGACGGGAGGGACGGGCCGAUCGAAUCGAGCGAGGCCGUCGCUCUUUUCUUCGACAAUCGGUACGGCGACGCGGCGAGGAAGGAGAUAAGGUCGGUGGCGAGAGGCGAGAAAGUCGCGUCGUCUCUCCACCACGAUCGAAACGCCCCCGACGAAACCAAGUCUUCCUAAAUCUUCGACGUUCGUCCACGUCGAAUUAUCUUAGUAAGUUCGUUGCUAAUUUAAUUUAAUUACGCGCUCGAUUCGACCGAGUUGGAGAUUCGUAUCGCUACGGGGGAGAGUAAUCGCGACUCGAACGGAGCUCGUUCGAAUUUCAACCAUUUCAAUUUUAACGAAAUAUUUAAUACGCUCGUGGGUGAAACAGAAAGACGAAUUAGAAGAAUCUUCGGACGAGAACGUUUGCCUGGUAUCUCCUUCCCUCUGUAUUUCUCUUCGCGCGGGACAAAAGGAAGAAGCAGAUCUUAUCCUUCGAGUUUAAUCGCGACGCAAGACGAAGAUCAAGAAAAGUCCUCGAGCGUUUCGAUUCGUUCUACAGCCCCUUUCCGCUCGAAAUCGCUCUUCUCGCGCGAAUUAAAGCAGUAUCGGGUGAUUUCGUGGCCGAUCGUCACGAAUGAAGUCUCCCAUUGAAUUCACCUACGACCGACGCGUUUCUCAACAACGUUUCGUUUUCUCGACCGCGAAUUGUUCGGCCGUUCGAGAGAAACGAAGAAAAAAAGAAAAAGAAAAAGAAAAAAGACCGAGGAGGGCCGAGCAACUUUCAUCGUCGAGGGGAGCGCGCGCUUCUUCUUUAACCUUCGCCGAGGUGAAAGUUCAGAGAGGCUGGUCGAACCGCUUCGCGAUAACGUUGCCUGCCCUUUCGCGGGGAUCCCGUUUCGCGAGUGAAACGCGCACACUCCGCUCCGCUCUGCGGCCGAUACACACAGGUUUUGCAUACCUUUGCGACCACGACAGGGAGAUACGCGUAUAUCUAGUCCGUUGUUUCACGAUGAGACACGCCGGGGGAUGAUGAGCUUUUUCCUUUCCUUUCCUUUUCUAGACGCCUCGAGGCCGGUGGCGACCGGCGAGUAAAAGUAAGAGACAUCGUUACUCGGCUUACUCGGUGUUAUAUGAGAUAUUUUUAGCGAUAACCGUAUCGUUAAUCGUAGUAGGCUCGCGUUAAUUCUUAGCUAGAUUUUGAUAGAAGUACAGUUUCACUUACGCUCUUAAGUAGAACUUUUCACCUUAGAAUUCCUUUUUUAGUGGCGACCGCCUCGAAAUAGCCUCGUUUGUAGUAUAGAGCAUUGGAAAGUGUUUUCGUUCCUCUUUCGCAUGAAAAUAAUAGUAUGAGAUAUAUUUAUAUUCCAUCGACUGGUUUAAUUUAAAUUGAUUAAAAUACGAAAAGACUUUCCAAUCUUAAAACGGAGAAUUGCAUAUGAUAUCCAAAGAUACGCGGAGAGUAAAAUCCAGCCGACGUUGGUAAGCAACGCACAAGCACGCAGAAAUGCACUGUAAUAAUUGGUCUAUAUAUAUAUAUAUAGAUAAUAAAACGUUGACGCGUUCGCAUGUGCGCUCAUCGACGCGAGUUUAAAACCCGGCUGCGUAUACGUAGGUAUUCCGUAUUUCGAAGUAAUCUUGAACUCCUCUUCCACUUUUAUAGCGCUAGCCUGGCAAAUGGUUAUGCAUAACUUGGUGUAUUGCAGAUACGUAAAAUAAGUAGAGCGUAUAUAAGCUUAAGAGAGAUGCUCAUUGUUAAGAAAUACGCAGUGACGAUGCUGCCAAGCCAUAAAACACGUCAACUCGCCCCCCUCUCCCCUAACUCCUCUAUCCAUCCUCUUCCUCUUCUUUCUUCUUCCUUCUCUCCUUCCUUCCUCCCUUCUUCUUUCUCCUCCUCUUUUCUUUUUUUUUUAAAUGGAUUAAUUUAUUAUUUUACUUGUACGUCUCGUGCAUAUGGUAACGAGCGAUCGAUGUUAUUAUAUUGAUUAAGCAUAAUGCGUGUACG